UCCCUCCCUCGCCGCUCUCUUCUCAUUAGCUUUUGAAGUUCUCUUGACCGGAGAGAGUCUCAGCAAUGGCGGAUUCGAUAUUCAGAAAGCUAAGAGACGGUGGAGAAGAAGGAGAGCUCGCGCCAGCUCUCACCAUAGAGGAAACUGUAGCUUCACCUUUCGCACUCGAUGUCUCCUGCUAUCUCCUCGCAAAUCUAUCUUCAUCAAUCCUGGCCGGAAAGUCGAAGUCGGAGGGCCUCGUGCUGAUCACAUUCUCUCGGAGCCCUUCGUUCUAUUUGCAGUUCUUGAAGCAAAAAGGAAUCUUUGUCUCUUCAUCCUCUAAAUGGAUUCGUGUUUUGGAUUGUUACACUGAUCCACUAGGCUGGAUUGAUCAACCUUCCACUGGUGUUACUGAAGGUUCAAGUUUAGUUAAGCUACACAAGUGUGUUACUGACUUGAAGAGACUUUUCUCUUCAAUCAUUGAUGCAGGAAGAGUGAUGGUUGGGGAUGGGAAGACACGUUUCACUGUUGCUAUAGAUUCGGUGAAUGAACUGCUGAGACAUUCAUCCAUGCCAUUAGUUUCUGGUCUUUUAACAGAUCUUCGAAGCCACGAACAAGUUUCCAGUUUGUUUUGGUCAUUAAACACUGACCUUCACCAAGAGAAGGUCACUAAUGCGCUUGAAUAUAUAUCCACCAUGAAAGCCAACUUAGAGCCUUUGUGUCCAUCUUCCCAUGGGAAAAGGAAUGCUUUGGAAAACCUCUUCCUGGUUCAUCAAGAUUUUGGUAAAGGACGGUUCCAUGUCCGCUUUAAGCUUAGAAAGGGACGUGUCAGAGUAAUGUCUGAAGAGUAUCAUGUUGAUCAAAUGGGCAUAAACUUUUCACCCAUUUCCUCUGCUGAAUCUGUUAUUGCAACCACCAAAAGCCUUUUGCCUAAGGUUCAUUUCAAUCUACAGUUGUCUGAGAAAGAACGAGUUGAGAAAGAAAAAGUUGUGCUUCCUUUUGAGCACCAAGAUCAUGGAAAAUCGACAGAGAUUUAUGAUGGGCGGAGAACUCUUGCGGACGGCAAGACUGAGGCAACACCAUUACUGUCUUCAGGAGAGUUGCAGACCGAUGCGGUUUCAUCUGGUAAAGGUGGAGAGAUUAUAUAUUUCAGAGAUUCAGACGAUGAGCAUCCUGAUUCUGAUGAGGACCCUGAUGAUGAUCUGGACAUUUAAGUAAGAACCAGAGAGUGAGUGUGUGUGCUACACUACAGUUUUGGUUUUGGCAAGCCACUUUGGAUUAUAAUCGUUGGGAUCUUAAUUGUUAGAUUUAUCAAACUAUGUACACUAGAUAGAAGAUUUGUAACAACUCAAGGAUUUUUCAUUGUGUUAUUGUUGCAUUAUCAACACAAAUUUAGUUUAGAUGCA